CUCGUGUUCAGGUCAACUCACUUGCAAAACAGUCGCGCCCUUGUAACUUUUAUUCGAACCCGUGCGGAGGCGCCAAGAUGCUCAAUUUUGAAGAUGUCGAAGAGCGAGAUGGUGUUCGUCUCUCGUGGAAUGUAUGGCCCUCUUCUCGGAUAGAGGCGAUGCAGACUGUGGUUCCGAUAUCAGCGCUCUAUACUCCAUUGAAGCAGCGAGAGGAUCUUCCCCUAGUAUUAUACAAACCCAUUUUUCCGUUUUUCUUGACCCACAAUCCUUUCCCGCCACAUUAUAAAGAUAUCUCUAACACCAAUCUACCCGCUGAAUUACUUCACAAGUACACGACGAUUGAGUACACGCUAUCUCGUCCCACUCAGGCCCCACCUGUCUUCCUGUUUGUUGUCAAUACCUGUCUAGAUGCUGAUGACCUCAAAGCACUUCAUGACGCUCUUGUCGUCAGUCUCAGCUUGAUCCCACCAUAUGCAUUAGUUGGUCUCAUUAUGUUCGGCACAAUGACACAAGUUCACGAGUUGGGCUAUGCAGAGUGCAGCAAGUCAUACGUCUUCCGUGGCGGCAAGGAGUACACACAGAAACAGAUUCAGGACAUGCUUGGACUCAGUAUGACAAUUCACACCGUACCCCACGCCGGCCAACCCAUGCCCCAACAAGCUUUUGGUGCUGCACGUUUCUUGCUUCCUGCACUCGUUCGUGACCCUUGGCCAGUUGCCGAUGACAAGCGCGCUUUACGUUGCACUGGUGUGGCUGUCAGUGUAGCCGUUGGACUCCUGGAGACGACUUUCCCUAACAUGGGCGCGCGUAUAAUGGUUUUCGUGGGUGGACCGGCAACGGAGGGUCCAGGCAUGGUUGUCAACAACGAACUCAAGGAGCCUAUUCACUCUCAUCACGACAUCGAACAGGAUAGCAUCAAGCACUACAAACGUGCGGUAAAGAGGGUAUCCAACAAUGGCCACGCUGUCGAUUUGUUUGCUGGUUGCUUGGAUCAAGUGGGCUUACUAGAGAUGAAAUCAUUGCCCAACUCGACAAACGGUGUCAUUGUCCUAUCUGAUUCGUUUGCUACAUCGAUCUUCAAGCAAAGCUUCCUGCGUAUGUUCAAUAAGGACGAUCAGGACUUCUUGCAAAUGGGUUUUAACAUGACGUUCGACGUACAGACAACCAAAGAACUGAAAGUUUCUGGCCUCAUCGGACAUGCAAUCUCCACGGGAAAGAAAUCUGCGUGCGUUGGCAAGAUAGAAAUUGGUAUUGGUCAGACAUCAGCCUGGCGAAUCAACUCCAUUACACCUAGGACAUCUGCUGCUAUUUACUUCGAGGUCGUUACUCCUGCGGGCCAGGCAUUGUCUCCUGGAUCAAGGGGUCUCAUUCAAUCUGUCACUCAUUAUCAGCACUCGUCUGGGCAGAUGCGUUUGUGUGUCACCACAAUCGCUCGAAAUUUUGCAGAAGCCAACUUUCCCAGCAUUGCUUCUUCCUUCGAUCAAGAGGCCUCUGCCGUACUUAUGGCGAGAAUAGCAGUCUUUAAGGCCGAAAUAGAUGACUCACCAGACAUUUUACGUUGGCUCGACCGCAUGCUCAUCCAUCUUUGCCAGAAGUUCACAGAUUACAGGAAGGAAGACCCUGUCAGCUUGAGACUAACGGAUGAUUUCAGUAUCUAUCCACAGUUCAUGUUCCAUCUCCGGAGAAGUCAGUUCUUACAGGUGUUUAACCAUAGUCCCGGUGAGACUGCAUUCUACAGACAUAUUCUCAACGAAGAAGACGUCAAUAACUCGUUGAUCAUGAUUCAACCUAAUAUUAUAAGUCAGAAAGGGUGGGCCACCCUAGG